GGAUUUUAAUGUACUGACAGCAUUAAGUUCACAUUAGGCCUGGACCGUUGUGGUGAUGGUUUAGAAAACAAAGCUCCCAAAAUUGUUGGCGCUUUCUCACAAUGUUGAACAGGCAGCUGCAAUUUCUCGUCUUGUUUGGCAAACGGUCCAUCAAGUGAAAAGUCACUUUUAUCGAGGUGGUUCGCCGCAGGGAGGAAGACGGGCGCGCGCACUGUACGCUGUCUGGUCUCGCUCUUUGAUUACGGGAAGAAAAAAACCCCCGACGCCACGCGCGCUUUCUCCAGUGCAGACAGCGGCGGCUCGAGCGCCUCGGAUGAACUCGGAGGAUGGUUGAUGCGCGAGACCUAGGCCAGCCACGUAGCGAUGGCUUGUAAACCGGAGCAGCGGUGGGCUCGUUCAGUCUAGAGGCAAACCAGAGCGAUUUGUGAUAGUUUGUCCGCUUGUGUGUGCGACUUCACACUGUUCGCCAAAACUCAGUGUCCGCUGAGGAAUAGUUUAUCUGAAGCGAGUCGUUUUUUGUAGAUCUGUGUUUUAUCGGAUCGCUACACAACUUGAGGUGGACGGUAUGAGGGAGAGGGCGCUCGUGUCUCGGGUGAGUAGUCUUUGCUACAAGUUAAUUUCUGCUUUUGCAUUUAUUUACAGCGAUGACAGUUGUUCGCCGCGUGCACAGAAACCGUCCCUCGGACAUCUGUCAAGGUAACAUCUGGCUGCAGGGUGUUGAUUCGGAGCAGCUGGUAAUGACUGCGAGAUCUAAGCGCUGAGUUUAACGGCGCUGAGACGCCAUCACAUCACUGACAGAGAGGAGGCGGCUUUUGUGUCUGAAUCAGCUGAGAUUUGCAGAUGAGGUGCCGCUAUUGUCUUUCCAAGUGAAACCGAGAUGCUGUUGAGACACUGACGUUUGGAUCUAAAGCCAAGACGAGUUUCAUUUGGAUUGAAAGUAAUGGAGGCUCGGUUUGGGCUAGGCUAAGGUGUCUCUCCUCAUCUCUCCUCCUUUACGCUCUCUUGCCCUCCUCUCAUUCAUUCGAGAGGAGGGGUACAUUGCCUCCUGUAUCGCCCUUGACAGGAAACAGUGGUUAUUCUCAAACUUAAAGAGGGAAACACUCUGAUUUAACGGAGCGAUCGGCUGCUGAUGAAGUCCUGCCAGACACUGAAGGAGGAGGUGUCCGGCCCGGAGACGAUGUCUCAAGAGGAGGGGCAAAUGACUCAACCCUCCCAAACGUACUUCCACAACACCUCUGCUCCUGAUGCCGAGCUGUCAGCAAAGCUGUACAAGCGAGAAGCUGCAGCCAAGCCGUACUCUUUGGUCAUUGACAACACAAUGGCUACGAGGCCUGAGUCACAGAUGCCCUCAGACCUAAAUCCCCAUCCUGCCCCGAAUCAACCGUUUUACCGGGAAGGAUCCGGAGCAGCUGAGACGAAGAGCGGAAACUGUGGGACGUCGGAAGAUUCUGAAGCCGAAGAGGGAGCCGGGGCAGAGGACGAAUUCAAACGAGGACAGAUCAUUGUAGAGGUCAACCUCAAUAACCAGACCCUGCACGUGUCCAAAGGAGAUGACGCGGCAAAUGCAAACACCGCAGGAGACGACAAGAGCAAUAGUGAGGAGGAGGAAGAGGAGGAGGAAGAUGAGGAAGAAGACGAGGAGGAAGAAGAUGACAGCGUUGAAGAUGACUACAGCGCAGAGGAGGAUCUGGAUGAGGAGGAUCAAGAUGAUGAGGAAGAGGAAAACAAUAGUCUGCGAACAAGAGCGCAACGGAUGCACAGGGGUCGAGCCGCUGCUCCGCCGCGCCGAAAGAGUCGCCGCGUAGUCGCUUCAUCAACUGGGAGCGUAACCACUGCGACUGCCGGCGUUACGACCAGGGGGCGGAGGAAGAAUUCAGAGGGCCCACCUCAAAAGCGUAGACCUGCCAAGGAGCCUAAAAGCUCUGCCUCCUCCACCUCAGGAGCGACAGUCGCAGGAGGAGGGGCCAAGGGAGAGGGUGAGGAGAAAGAGACGUUAGCGUGUGAAAAAUGUCCACGUGUGUUCAACACCCGCUGGUACCUGGAGAAGCACAUGAAUGUGACGCACAGACGCAUGCAGAUCUGCGACAAGUGCGGGAAGAAGUUUGUGCUGGAGAGUGAACUGGCUCUUCACCAGCAGACAGACUGCGAGAAGAACAUCCAGUGUGUGUCGUGUAGUAAGUCCUUUAAGAAGCUGUGGUCCCUCCACGAGCAUAUUAAGAUUGUCCAUGGCUUUGCCGAGAAGAAAUUUGCCUGUGAGAUUUGUGAAAAGAAAUUCUACACCAUGGCUCAUGUCCGUAAGCACAUGGUCGCUCACACAAAGGACAUGCCAUUUACCUGUGAAACCUGUGGAAAGUCUUUUAAGCGCAGCAUGUCACUGAAAGUGCAUUCCCUGCAGCAUUCAGGAGAGAAGCCCUUCCGUUGUGAGAACUGCGACGAGAGGUUCCAGUACAAAUACCAGCUGCGGUCUCAUAUGAGCAUCCAUAUAGGACAUAAGCAGUUUAUGUGCCAGUGGUGUGGCAAAGACUUUAACAUGAAACAGUAUUUCGACGAGCACAUGAAGACGCACACAGGUGAGAAGCCGUUCAUCUGUGAGAUCUGUGGGAAGAGUUUUACCAGUCGGCCCAACAUGAAGCGGCACCGGCGCACGCACACGGGGGAAAAGCCAUACCCUUGUGAAAUCUGCGGCCAGCGUUUCCGCUUCUCCAACAUGCUCAAGGCGCACCGAGAGAAGUGCUUCCGGGUCACCAGCCCGGUGACGCUUCAGCCUGCCAGCAUGGCGCUUCCCAUUCACCUCACCGGCCACACGCCUUCUUCAAGUCACAUCCCUAGCCCAACCCAACCCACUCAGUCAACACCCGUGGGCCCCGUAAUGAUCGGUCCCACCGCGGCAGGGCCCCUACCGCAACGGGUGGUCACCACCCACAGCUUCUCUCAUUUGCACAUGCAGACGGUGCCCGCGCAACAUCACCCGCACACUCACACUCCUGUCCAUCACACAGGACACGCCCCCAUGACGAGCCACGCCCCUCAGCAGAUCACAGUGCAGCCUUCUGUCCUGCCUCCUCCCCCCGCCCUGUUUAAGAGCGAGCCAAUAAACCACUGCGCACAUGAGGAUGCGUACCUGCGACAGGGCGCCGCUCCGCAACACCACUGAAACACAGUCUCUCGUACACAAACUCACUAAUGUGAAAUCAGGUGCUCGCUGGAGAACAGAGCGUACAGACGGACCACAUGCAUCUAAUUCUCACAGGAAUCUGAAAGCUGGAACUCAGUGAAAUGCAAUGAAAUGUUUAUGUGUGUGUGUGUGUGUGUGUGUGAGAGAUACAGAACUGAUACUACAAACCAACUUGCCACUAGCACUCGUGACCAAACAGGACUGAUCUCUGUGAACUGAUCUCAAGAACACAAGCGCAAACUUCUUAAAGCAUUACUCGGAUUCACUUCACCUCGCUUCAAACUCCGUCACAACGAUCAAAACGACAGGCCAUUGGGAUUUCAGUGGCACAAACGUGGUUCUCUCUCUAACUCUUUAUCAACUCAGCUGCUGUUGCAAAGGUUCUACGGGUUUAAUCGUUCACAGGAUAAAGGUCUAGAUUUCAAAAAAUGCAGUGUAACCUCUUUAGAAAUGCAGGUCUUCCCGACAACUAAAAAUAUUCCUAUUCUACUUAUGAAUCAUAUACAAGUCAUUACACAAAACAUAGUAUACAGCACUUAAGCGGUAAACUCAGCGUAGUCUAAAUGACUGAAAUGUUUCUGUUGCCUGAUUGUGGUUGUCAGUGAUUUUAUUCAGAUAUUGGAGUUGUCUUUCCUAUUAUUAUUUUUCUUCUUUUUUUUUAUUAAGUAAAAUAAAAAUAUGCUUACUGGGUAAUGCCUGUAGCUCUCCGGCGUGUUCAGUCGGAGGUUGAGACUGUUAAGGAAGACCAAUGCUGUGAUGUGUCAUAGGAAGACUGCAAUUAAAGGCGAAACAAGAUCAUUUAUUAGUUUUACUGUAUGUUCUAUACAACCUAACUCACUUAACCAAUAUUUUUAUUUGUAUAAAGUAGAUGCUCUGUGAGACUUUUUAAAAAGAAAAUCGGAUUUCUAUGUUGAAUUGAGAUGUGUGCUUGUGAGAGUCUGUGUGAUGGGUUGGAAGAUGCAGAAAGGGUUUGUUUCUAAUCAUGUAUUCAACCGAAUGUAGGAGCGGAGUGUGUGUGUGUGUGUGUGUGUGUGUCUUUGACUGAUCUUUUGUCUGUGGUGCUGGUAUCAAAAGCUGCUUUUUAGUUGCUCUCUGUCUUUUCCUAGUACAUGAUUCUUUAUCAUGUAGAUGAUUAGUGUGUGAGUGAGUGUCAAGAUGGUUGCUUAUGUGUUAAAUAGUGACGUUAGGAGCAGCACAGAUAAAGUGAUUGAAAGUCUUGAGUCAAUCAGACUCAGCUGAUUGAUUGUGAAUUAUUUUUGUUCUCUUUCAUUAGACAAAGGCAUCUGUCCUCUGCACUUUACUGCCAAGUAAGAGGUUUGCGCAACUGACAAAGAAUUGUUUAUCAUGUGUCUGACAUGUGAAAGAUGGCUGGCUGUUGGAAAAUGGGGAGAAUCGCAAGGGGAUUCGAAUUUUUUUGUUAUACGUCAGAGAACUGUAGUUUGUCCUGUAAGAAAUUGUGUUUUGCCUUCUUGCCCCGCCCCCCUCACCUGAGAAGUACUCUUAUUGGUUCAGGUGGCUGUCAAUCAUAUCCUUUUUUUUUUGUUUGUUUGUUUUGGGCUACUUGUUGUCUGAUUCUCUCCAUUCUCCAUCAGUUGAUGGAAUGCACUUUCUAAUAAACCUUGCUAGAUAAGAAAAAUAAGCAGACCAUAAUAUUGUUUAUUCUUGUGAGUUGUUUUUACUCAUCUCUUCUCAGCUAGUCUGUUUCAACUUCUCUACCCUCUCGACUUCAGCAGUGUUUUAUUUUUAAUGUUGUGUCUGGUACAGAAACAGCUGCCCUUCGUUGAGUUCUGUUUUGUAUUGUUUUCCUGUUUUUGAGACACCAUGAUGGACUUGCAUUAAUGUUGGGCCUUUUUUUAUAUUGUUCAUUUAACACUUUCUGCUAACUUUAAAGAAGUAAAAUUGAAUUAGCCACAAGCACA